UCAGAAUGGAACAGCAGAGGGGGCUCCUGUUAUUAUUUCUGGGGAUACAGCUGCUGCUAAUGGGGGCGUUCCUCUACCAGAACCACCACCGCCACAGCCUUGCCCUCUUCUUGCGUGUCCUGAGACGGGACAGGCCAGUGGUGGGAGAAGAGUUGCCCUUUUUGGUCUCAGUCUCUUCUGCAGGGACCUCUUCCCAGGAUGUAUACGCCAACCUCAGCGAGAUCCACCCUGUGGACCGUAGGAAGGAGGACCUGCCCAGCUGCCCCCUCAUCUCCCCCUACAUCACAGGUCACUUUAAUUUCUGCCUCCAUGGCCACCUUCUCGCUGGGUCUUCAGAUAAUCUUAUAAGGACACCAGUCGUUACAUUGAGGGCCCACCCUUAUCCAGAACUUCCACAUUCUAACCAUCUGCAUCUGCAUGGACCCUAUUUCCAAGAUGGCCCCUUGAGGGUGAUGAUCCCAGAGAACCUGACGAUGGAGCAGGUGGUGAAGAAGAACCCGCUGGUGGAGCUGGGAGGCCAGUACCAGCCUCCUGAUUGCUGGACACGACAUCACACGGCGGUCGUGGUGCCCUACUAUGGGCAAGACCAGCACCUGCAGCACCUGCUCUUCCACCUGCACCCCUUCCUGCAGCGCCAGCAACUGCACUACGCCAUCUACGUGGUGAACCAGGUGCACAACACUGCCUUCAACCGGGGCAAGCUGCGCAACGUGGGGUUCUGGGAGGCCAUGCAGGAGGAGGAAUGGGACUGUCUUUUCUUCCAUGAUGUGAACCUCCUCCCAGAGGAUGACCGCAACCUCUACAUCUGCGACAUCUUCCCUGCCCAUGUGUCUGUGGCCAUCGACAAGUUCGACUACAAGCUACCCUACCGUGGCUACCUUGGGGGUGUGUUUGCCCUGCGUCCCAUUCACUACCUGAAGAUCAACGGCUUCCCCAAUUCGUACCAGGGAUGGGAUCGUGAGGACCAUGACAUCGCUGCCAGGUGGGGGGCCCUGCUUAAGGAACCUAGCACGGGGCUGCAGGUCCCCCCAUGGUGUGGGGGACACAGGCCACUGUCGCCUGAAGGGCUGAGUGUGGCAUGGGUUCCCUGUCAGAGGCAGGCAUCUGGCCUCCCUGCCCUCUCCCCCUGUAAGGCUGCAACUGAGCGGGAUGUUUCUCUCCCGACCCCAUCUGCUCUUCGGCCGCUACCACAUGCUGGAGGGGCAGGACCCCAGCCACCAGCGGAGCCCCCAGAGCCCCGACCUCCUGGCCUCAAUCCGCCACAAAGGGCAGCAGGAUGGCAUCAACUCGUUGGGCUACAGGCUGCUCUCCAAGGAGCUGCAGGCCCUCUACACCAACCUCACCGUGGACAUCGAGUUCCCCACUCGCCGGUCCUAGGAGCCCCCGUGGCAAGCUGCGGGGGAGCUGGAGGCUGGACCAGGAUCCCCAAGACCUGGGCUGCAGGGCAGCCCUCCCAACUGGUUUCCUAUUAAAGGACAGUUUAUUUUACUCACUUCUCCUCUCCGCCAACCUUCAUCCCCACCCUUUCAUUUCCAGGCGUUAAUUCAGAGCCUCAAACUUUCAGGUUCUCUUCAUGUGGCUCUAAGUGCUGACCACACACCCACCGGCUCAUGAAAACCUGCGGUGCAGGCACUGUUAGCAUCAUUCUUUAGAAACCCAGGGCAGAGGAGCUAAACACUUGUGUGACCGACAUUUGAUCAAAUUUGGGUACCUGGCUCCUAGGCCCAUGCCCCGGAAGAGCAGGCAGCCUGGCCGCUGUCCUGUAGCAACGAAAGCGGCAAGAACAAAUGAAUAGUAAAACCUGUGAGGACGGUCCAGCCACUGAACAGACGCACGGCAGCAGGGAGAACUGAGGUGCCCACGCUCGUGUGUGGUGUAAUCCGGUGCUUCUAGAGGACAGAGUUCCCACCCGGGUACAGGAUUAUCAGCGCAGGUGGGUAUCAGGUAAUCUGGAAAGGGCCAGAUGGCGUGUAUUUCUGGCUUGCACACAGGCCACUGGAGUACAGGGGCAGUCACAGACCGCACAUCAACACAAAAGCAUGGCUACGUCCAGUAAAACUUUUAUUCCAAAGAGCAGGUGGCGAACCCUAUUUGACUGACGGCUGGUUUGCUGACUCCUGGUGUAAAUGAUUAGGAGCCUGUGUAAAAAUACAAAGAAGUCCAUACUGAAAGGUUAACACUGGUCAUUUAUGGAGCUGCUCACCAGAUGGUGGAAGUGGGAAGAAAUGAAGGCGGGGUGGUAGAACUGAGCGGGUCACGAAAGAGAAAAGGUGCACUAUGAAGGCCAGUGUAUGUUACAAAAUCCCAUUUAUACAUUUAACCAAGAAAGUACAUUCACAUGUCGAGACAGGCACACCUCGGAGAUACCGCAGCUUCGGGUAGUUUCAGGCCCCUCAAUAAAGCGAAUGUCGCAAUAAAACAUGUCAAAUGAAUUUUUGGGUUUCCCGGUGCAUGUGGGAGUCACGUCGGCACUACAUGGUAGUUUAUGAAGUGUGCAACAGCGGUACCCCUAAGGAAAGUGUGUCCUUAUUAAAAAACACUUAAAAAAAAAAAA